AUGGGUCUCACAUUUUCGAAGCUGUUCGAUAAGCUAUGGGGAAAGAAGGAGAUGCGCAUUCUCAUGGUCGGUCUUGACGCUGCCGGAAAGACCACCAUUCUCUACAAGCUCAAGCUUGGUGAAAUCGUCACCACUAUCCCCACCAUCGGUUUCAACGUCGAGACCGUCGAGUACAAGAACAUCCAGUUCACCGUGUGGGAUGUCGGCGGUCAGGACAAGAUCCGUCCUCUGUGGAGGCAUUACUUCCAGAACACCCAGGGUAUCAUCUUCGUCGUUGACAGUAACGAUCGCGACCGUGUUGUUGAGGCGCGUGAGGAGCUCCAGCGCAUGUUGAACGAGGACGAGCUGCGGGACGCUCUCCUCCUUGUCUUUGCCAACAAGCAGGAUUUGCCUAACGCCAUGAACGCCGCUGAGAUCACCGACAAGCUUGGUCUUCACAGCCUCCGACAACGUGCCUGGUACAUCCAGUCGACUUGCGCUACCUCCGGUGACGGUCUCUACGAGGGUCUCGAAUGGUUGAGCAACUCUCUCCGCAAGGCCGGCCACAACUAA